AUGGGGAAUUCUCGACCAAUCUCGCUUCUCUCUGUGUUCAGUAAGCUCCUAGAAAAACUCAUGUAUAAUAGAUUGAUUGACUUUACUACGAAGAAAUCUAUACUUUAUCCAAAGCAGUUUGGUUUUCGUGAACAACAUUCCACAGAUCAUGCUUUUUUUAGUAUUGUUGAUAAAAUACAGAAUUCAAUUGACAAUCAAGAGUAUUGCUAUGGAAUAUUCUUAGAUUUUAAUAAAGCUUUCGAUACAGUUAACCAUGAAUUCCUUAUUCAAAAGCUGGAACAUUAUGGAAUAAGGG